GUGCACAUUCAUGUCAUUAAUAAUAAUGUGAAAUUAUUGACCGAGGUUACGGUUACCUCAUGAGGGGAAGCAUGUGGUGGUGGAAAACGAUAGGCGGAAGAAUGUAUCCUUUGGUUGUUGAUUUGUAGUUCCCCGCUGCUAGAAUUGUUAACCGUCGUUUCGAAAUGAAUCUUGUCUCUGUAGUCUUGUUCUUCCUAUAAUUAUAAGCCCAAGUAUAUCGCCAUCUCCACAAAAGCCUGAGUGCUGCUAAUCCCAAAUGGCAUUUCCAUUGAGAAAAGACUUGCGGCCAAAAUCAGGCGAACCUGAAGAUUCAGCAUGGAUAUGGGGCAGCGAUGAUGAGUUGGGUAGACUGAACUUGCAGACGCCAGAGAGGGUGAAGAAAGCGUUGGAAACCGUUUCUUCAGGAGAAACUAUUCCUCUUGGACUUCCAUUUGACCAACCAGCACCACCGUGCUACGGGAGAGCUUUCUUCAAGCAUCGCAUUGCUUCUCUGGGAGCUAAACAUACGGUUGAUGAUAGUUACGAGAUGAACCCUCAAAGCACAUCUCAAUGGGAUGGGUUUCGCCAUUUCGCCCAUGUACCCUCUGGAUUCUUCUACAACGGAAUGACGCUUGAGGACAUCUCUGGCCCCAAUGCCUCAACUAAAUGUGGUAUACACGCAUGGGCUACUCGUGGCAUUGCAGGCCGGGGUCUUCUUCUAGACUACGCUCGUUAUGCCGAAGCUAAUGAUAUCAAGCCAGAGUUCUAUGACAACUUCGGUAUCAGUUAUGGGGACCUUGUGAAGGUAGCACAGGGGCAAGGGAUCGAUUUAAGACCUGCAGCGCAAGGAGGUGACAUCCAGGUUGGCGACAUACUAAUAGUCAGAUCCGGUUUCUUGAAGAAUGCAAACUCGCUCACAUACGAGCAAAAGGCAGCUCGCCACCUUCAAGCGCAUAAGUUUGGACCGGACGACGGACAGCGCUAUAUUGGCGUGGAACAGAGUGAGGAGAUCCUAGACUUCUUGCAUGAUUCUUACUUUUCGGCCGUGGCGGGAGAUCAGCCCGCGUUUGAAGCAUGGCCAUCUCGUAAAGACUAUUAUCUCCAUGAGAAGCUGUUGGCACUCUGGGGUUGUCCAAUCGGUGAAUUGUGGGAUCUUGAAAAACUGGCCGAGAAAUGUGCUGAGAGGCAGCAAUGGACGUUCUUCCUCGCCAGUGCUCCCAACAACGUCAAAGGAGGAGUAUCAAGCACAGCAAAUGCUUUAGCCAUUGUAUGAAACAGAUGAAUCGAAUUGGAUAAUUCACCGAAUGAACUGCAUCAUGGGAGUGAGUGACGGUCGCGAGGAAUAUGAAUGGAAUAUUGAAUGAGAAAGCCGCAUCAUAGUGGUGACCCCUGAACCCUCCACGGCUGCUGUAAAAGGGGGAACUAAAAAGGGGCUAGGACGCUACCUAGGAGGCCAGUAAAUAUUCGUCAGAUAUACUUCGCCUUACUGUGACAAAUUGCCUACUAGCACCGAGACAAUUUAUGGGUGAUGAGACGAGAUCCUGAGCAUUUUAGAUCCUAUGGCCGUACUUGAAAGGAGAUUGUAUGGGGAUUUCCGAUAGAGGAGAAUGAUGAAUGAAAGGUAGGUACCCAAG